AUGAGACAGAAGAGAACGCUAAACGAAAUAGCAAAAAAUCUCAAUAGAUUUUGUAGAUAUCUGUCCACACGGUACAGUAGUAGAGGUAAAGGGGGGCUGCGUGGUUCUCAUCGUCUCAGGCUUGGUCCGACUCUUCCUUGCACGUCAGGGCAAAGGUGUGGAGUUCUGGCUAAAGACUGCGGAGCGAUCUGAGAUUGAAGUGUCGAGGACUGUACCGCUACGCACUCCAAGUCAGAUAGCACGGCCCUGUUCGACUGUUCCGACAAGAGGAGAGUGUCUUGAAUUUCUGCAUGCGCUCGCUUCGCGAACAUUACACGCAUAUUGAAGGCGGAAGAAGAUCAUCUUUCACUUUGAAUCGUGUUCUCUCCAAGCACCAUACGUUAUGAACUUGCACUUCUUCGGCACCCGAGUUAUCCCUGUUGUGGCUAUAGUGGGUGCAGUGCAUCUCACUAUCGUGAACACACUCUUCCCCAUGAGUGACGAGCAAAGACGGAAUCUUGAAGAGAGGCGUAAUCAAGGGAGGCUAUCGCGAUUCCAAAAACCUGAUCCAGUGCCAGGGAAAUUUGAGGCCGAGGCGCUUCGGGAAGAAGCGCUAUCAGAUGGAUGGCCGCAAGGAUCAUCUGACGAGCGCGAAAAGAGCUAUGGGAUACCAUCAGCAGGGGAAGGAGACGGCUCGAAAGUUCAUAGUUGAACAGGUGGUCUCGCAGAAUAUUCAAUAACAACUGCUGAGUUCACGCAAUCCUCUUUAGUGACUAUUAUCUCGCCAGUAAAUGACUUGUAGAAUCCAAC